CACAUGUCGACCCCGGGCAGCCAAUGCGGGGGGCGCUAGGACCCCGGGGACCCUCGGCCCCCCCCGCACUAUAAAUGUCUCUCCAAAAUGCAGCGGAGUUCCUUUCUCCCGUCCCGCCCGGCCGCGCCGCUCCGCGCCCCGCGCAGCCGCUGCCCGGCGGGUCUCCGUCCUGCUCCGCGCCCGCUCCCUCCCCCUCCCCUUUUCCUUUUUAUUUGGUAAUUUAAUUGGUUUUAGUUAAUUUUUUGCUAUCCCCCCCUUCCCGUUUUUCUCCUCCGCCCCCUCCGCGCGGCCGGUUUGCAUGCAUUGUCUGUCUCCCAAGAUGGUUUGUGAGACCAAGAUUGUGGCGGAAGAUCAUGAAUCAAUCCCGGGAUCUAAAAAAGACACGAUCAUUGUUUCUUCCUCCCAAAUGUGGCCCUCUUUGGCGGGCUCCCCUUCCACCCCUCCGCCAACCCUCAGCUCCCCAAAAGAGGAUCCCAAGCGCGACAAUGUCUAUAUCCGUGAAUUCCAUCCCUCCGAGCAGGAGGUGGUGCGCCGCAUAUUUUACGAGGGGAUCAUGGAGCGGAUCCCCAACACGGCGUUCAGGGGGCUGAAGCAGCAGCCCCUCACCCAGCUGCUCUACGGACUGCUGGCCGUAAUAUGCUUUGUUGUGACCAAGUCCUUCCUGCUGACCUGCUGCUUGCCCAUCUUUCUGAUGGGCAUGAGGUACUACUUCAGUAGAAAAGUUAUCCUGCACUAUCUCGAUUGUGCGCUGCAUACAGACAUGUCCGAUAUUGAGCAAUAUUACAUGAAACCACCAGGCUCCUGCUUCUGGGUUGCCGUUCUGGACGGCAACGUGGUGGGGAUCGUGGCAGCACGGGGCAACGAGGAGGACAACACAGUGGAGCUGCGCCGUAUGUCCGUCGACUCCAACUACCGCGGCAAAGGGAUCGCCAAGGCCCUGGGCCGCAAAGUGCUGGAGUUUGCCAUGCUCAACAACUACUCCUCCGUUGUGCUGGGAACCACGGCCGUGAAGAUGGCAGCCCACAGGCUCUACGAGUCCUUGGGGUUCAAGCAUGUGGGUGUUGUUGAACAUUACGCCCUGCCAGGCAUGACGCGCUCCUUACUGGAGAGAAUGUUCUUCCAGCUCCGCUACCACCGCUACCGCCUGCAGCUGCGGGAAGAAUAGAAACCCACCCAACCAAACGAAACCAACAAAAUAUGCGUUUUCUUUUUCCUUCCUUCUCCCCCUUCACAAAAUAAUAAACCACCCUCCUCCUCCUCCUCCUCGCCACCCGA